AUGAAAUACAUAUGGCGUCUCGCCUAUGACCCAGAGAUCCGCGAGGCAGGUGACAAUUUGUUUGUAAUCCAAUUGUUCUGCGUGGGAGACUGGAAUAGGGUGAUGCAUCAAGGGCUAUGGAUCUUCAGGGGACUCAUGGUGAUCAUAGAAGAGUACGAUGGUAAGGGGAAGCCUGAGGCGGUCGUUCUUGAUCGCGUGUAUGUCUGGGCGCAGAUUCAUGACACACCAGAACUGUAUCGCAAAGAACCGAUCAUGGAUCAAUUAGCACGGAGAAUCGGUCAAGUAAAGAGUGUGGAGAUGAACCCUACCAGAGUUUUUGAGGGGAACUAUGUCAGGGUACGAGCAAAGAUCAAUGUAGCACAGCCAUUGGUUAGGUUUACACCACUGAAUAUCAAGGGUGAAGAGAGGCUAUUGUUACCAGUGAAAUAUGAAAAGAUUGCUUUCUUUUGUGAAGUCUGCGGUGUUAUGGGCCACAUCCUUGAAGAGUGUGGUAAUGGUAUCCACAAUCCUGAUGAGAUUGAAUAUGGUGAAUGGAUGUUAGCCAAGAGAAGGAGUCUCCCCUCGACCCAGUUUAAUCAGACUGGCCGAGGCAACUUCAGCUAUACUAGUGACAACAGGGGUGCACCUGGACGCCGAGGCAGAGGCCGCGGUGGACACGGCAACGCUGAUGGAGGCCGGGGUAACGGCGAUGGAGCCAAGAAGCGAUCAUCACAGGAAGCGGGCUUGCAAGAGGACGUGGACCUGAAUGACACAGCGGAAAGCCCACUCAAGACAGACGUCGUGGAGAAGGAUGCCGAUCAGACCGAACCUACUGCUAAGAAGAAGCUUGACCUUUCUGAUGAUGCUCUUGGGGUUUCAGUCGAGAAUACUGCAGAACGUCACGCCCAGAAUCCUGCUGUACAUGUUCAGCCGAAGGAGAUAAUACUGGUUCCACCCCCUCCCCCAGGAUACCAAAACCCACGUGAUAGGAAGAAGCCAAAGAAGGGGUCGUCACCCAACAAAUCGACGAACAAAAUGAGCGAACAGGUGGGCUCCUUGGAGGAGCGCCGCCGCGCUCAAUGA